AACAUCGAUGUUACGAUAUUAUUCGUAUAGCAAUAUGUCAAAACAUCGAUGUUUUUGCUUUCAACGUCAAUGAUCAUAGAACAUCGAUCAUCGACCAUCCCUAAAUCCUAAUUCGUGUAAAGUCAAGUGUAUGGAAUAGAGGGUUGUUGCGUCACCGAUUUUGGAACAAUGUCCGAGAAAAUUAUUCCUGUAGUUCGCGCUGAAGAAGAGGCAGAGGAAGAAGAAUUGGUAGACCCACAAACCCAAUUAAGGGAACAAUGCCAUGAAAAGCCUGAGAUGCAAAUAAUGUGGUCAAAAUACCAAGAAUGCAAUGACAGAGUAAACUCUCGUUCAAACACAACUGAAACGUGUGAAGAGGAACUUAUCGACUAUGUUCAAGUUCUUGACAAAUGUGUCAACAAAGAUCUUUUUAAAAGGUUAAAGUGAGUUUAGUUCAAAUACCUCUGUUAUCCAAAUUAUGUUCUAAUUUUGGGGUGUAGAAUUAUUAGUAAUUUAUUCAAUAAUUAAUUAUCAGUGUUGAGACUUUGUUUUAUGUAAAUAAAUAAAAUUUAAUUUU